AUGGUACUAAAUCAGUUUGGUUGUUUGAUAUUGGCUUCAGCAUUGCUAUUAUCUUUAAGCGAUAUAUACGGGCAUUUAGAAAAUGAAAACGAUGUUGAUGAGGACUCUUUCAAAAAAGAAUUUGAUGAUGAAGAUGGUACACCAAAAAAUGGUGAAUCUAUUGAAGAUGAAGAGAUUCAUAUUCGUAAACCCUCAUCACAUUUUACUUCCUCGCAUACGAUAAAGAAAUUGCCUGAGAUGAAAUUUCUAUUUUGUGUUUCUUGUGGUUAUAGACAAGCUUUUGAUGAAUUUUCUCGUUUCAUUCAUGAAAAAUAUCCAGCAAUGAAAAUCAGCGGUUCAAAUUAUUCACCAACUGCAUGGAAAUCAAUAAUUGCUCAGGUUAUUGGAUUUGGUAAAAUUGCAUUGAUUGUGAUGAUUGUAAUGGGAACCAAUCCAUUUUCUGCCUCUGGUAUGGAAACUCCAAGGAUUGUAAAUUGGGCGUUCAGCAAUAAACUUUCGUGCUGUAUGAUGUUGUUCUUAAUCUCGAAUGCUGUUGAAAGUUCUCUUAUGUCAACUGGUGCGUUUGAAAUAUUUUUGGGUAACGAACAGAUCUGGUCCAAGUUGGAGAGCGGCCGCGUACCUUCACCAUCUGAAUUAUUACAAAUUGUUGAUCAACAUAUGGAACUGCAAGGCGCUAAGGUAUCCGACACUUUCACUUUUGCAUAG